AUGUGUUAUAUAUAGCUAGCUAUUUUUUCAAAUCUAACGGUUUUUUAUUUUUCUUUCCUCCUCUCCUGAGAGAAUAGCUAGCUGUUGAUCUUGCUGCUGCUGCCUGCUUGGUGAACUGAACUAUAAUGGCUGGUUUAUUAAAGGGCUGUGAUGAGUGGAAACCUUUCAUUGCUAUGUUAACAGUUGAUUUUGCAUUCUCUAUUGUGAAUAUUCUUCUUGAGAAAGUUCUUAAUGAAGGGAUCAAUCAUUUGGUCCUUAUCACCUAUCGCCUUUCGAUUUCCGCUGCUUUCUUAGGUCCCAUCGGUUAUUUCUGGGAAAGGAAUAGCAGAUCGCAGCUCACAUUUCGAAUCUUGUGUUACCUCUUUCUCAGUGCAAUUGUCGGGGCAUCACUAACUCAAUAUUUCUUCCUUCUUGGUAUUCAAUACACAUCUGCUACGUUUGCAUGUGCCUUCGUCAACAUGGUGCCUGUGAUCACAUUUAUAACGGCAUUGCCAUUUGGGAUGGAGAGUGUAAAUAUAAAAUCCAACAGUGGGAGAGCUAAAGUAGUUGGCACUCUGGUUUGUGUUGGAGGGGCUAUGGUGCUGACUCUCUACAAAGGAAUGCCUUUAUUCACCCAUUCACAUUCACAUUUACAAACAAGUUUAAAGCCACAUCAAGCUAUGGAACAUAUAAAGCUAGUGAGUUACAGGAAAAGAAAAGCUGAAAAAUGGACAAUUGGGUGUGUUGCUUUGGGUGCAGGAACCCUAUUGUGGUCUUCUUGGUUCUUGCUUCAAUCAAAAAUUGGCAAGAGAUAUCCUUACCAGUAUUCAAGCACUGCAAUUAUGUCAUUCUUUGGUGCUAUUCAAUCUGCUGUUUUAGCCUUGUCUACCAGAAGGAAUCUCUCUAUUUGGCUUCUCAAAGGAAAAAUACAAAUCAUAACUGUCUUGUAUGCUGGGACGGUAGGCUCGGGCUUGUGUUAUGUAGGGAUGGCUUGGUGUGUCAAGAAAAGGGGACCUGUAUUCACUUCAGCAUUUAGUCCCCUCGUUCAAAUAAUGGCAGCUUUGUUUGAUAUUACUAUAUUGCACGAGGAACUCCAUUUUGGCAGCUUAUUAGGAUCCAUUAUUGUAAUCGUGGGGCUCUACAUUCUGCUAUGGGGUAAAAAUAAAGAACUGCAGAAUCAUGCAACAAAAGUUGCUCAACAGGUUGAAGAGGUCAAAGAACAAGAGCUACAAUUACAAGUUAUUUCUGUCUCUUGUGAUUCAAAAUGUCCUUAAUUAUAGAAAAUAAAUAAUAAGUUUCACUCGUUCCAAAUUUGUAACCGAUAUAAAUCAAAUAUAUACUUUUCUUAUUA